AAGAGAAAUUGAAAGAGUAUGAUGACAUGGAGGAAGGAGAAGAAGAAGAAGCAGAUGACGGCUUUCAAGAGGGAAGGCCGCCAACGGAGUCUCUUCCAAAGUUCAUGAAUUACGAGUUUUGGAAGAAGAUGCCCUCAGGUUUGCGCAAUCGCAGUCCAAGGUAUUGGAAGAUGUACUUCAACGAGGAUGGCACUGCACCGAAGUACGAUAGAUUCAAGUUUUAUUCCUUGGCAAAGGCCAUUGACAUUAUUUUCAGCUUCUAUGAGUCAGCACCCAAUGAUGCGCAUGAUUCAUCACUGGAGAUUUCCAUGUACAUGGCCCUGGAUGCCAAAUAUCCUGAUCAACAGAUUCGGAUGAAGAUCAAGCUUCCAAAUGGCUCGGGGAAGUCAAAGAGGGUUGCCGUUUUCUGCCCACCUGCAGAGGAGCCUGAGGCAUUGGAGAUGGGCGCUACGAUCGCUGGCAAGACCCUCCAAGACGACCUGACCAAUGAGGUGUUCAAUUUCGAUGUGCUUAUUGCAAAGCCCGCCAUGAUGCCAGCGCUGGCAAAGCUUGGAAAAAUUCUUGGUCCCAGGCGUUUGAUGCCCUCCCCAAAGUCUGGAACUGUCGUCACGGACGUCAAAGCAGCCAUCGAGUCCUGGGCUUCUGGAGGCACCGUUGAAUUACGAAACACAGAAAUCAUGUAUAUUGGGGCGCCAUUUGCAAAAGUGUCACAAGGGAAGGAGAAGUGCUUGGAGAACUUGAGGAGCCUCAUUCAACAGCUCGCUGACAAUGCCCCUGAAGGUGCUAAGAAGCGUGAGGAGUAUUUCUCUAAGAUGUGGAUCAAAGGCGAUGACUCGCCUUCCAUCAGGAUUGACCCCAACGAGUUCCCAAGCCAUGGCUACCAGAAGCCGAUGCAGUCCGGCACGGUGGACUUUGUGUACCAGGCCCUCCAUGGAGGAUGA